GACCACUGGACCUUCAGCCACGUUGUCUCCAAUUGGCCUGAGUGCUUCCUGAAAAAUUCUUCCUAGAACCCAUAACUGGCACUCUGUGGUGACAGGGGACCCCGGAUGAUCCAGGACAGUCCUCAGCUCAGGGUCCUCAACUUGAGUCCGUAUGCAGGGUUCAUCAGGAGAUGACAGUCCCACAGGACCCACGAUGGGAGAUGCAGGGGUUGAUGCCGCACUCACCGGACCCCCAAGGCCCAGCUGAGGACGUGCUCGGUGACCGUGGCCAGACUGGGUCCAGGCAACCUGGCUUCGAGGGUUCUGCCACUGGGUGAGAAGGUUCCAGAUAACAGACACCUGGGAAAGGCAGCUGUUCUUCCUAUGGCUGAAUGCAGGGACCUGGAUGUGCUCUGGAGGAUGCUGGCUCAGCCCUAGGCCCCGACUACACCAUGACCUACUGGGUGCAUAUGCUCGGCCUGCACCUGCUGCUUCUGCCCACAGCACUGCCCCCAGCUGGGGGCUGCCCAGCCCGGUGUGAGUGUGCCCCAUUGACCCGCUCUGUCGCUUGUGGCCGCCGUCGCCUGACAGCUGUGCCUGAUGGCAUCCCAGCGGAGACACGCCUGCUUGAGCUAAGCAGGAAUCGUAUCCGCUGCCUGAACCCCGGGGACCUGGCCUCGCUGCCCUCCCUAGAGGAACUGGACCUCAACCACAAUGUCAUUGCCCACGUGGAACCUGGCGCCUUCGCCAACCUGCCACACCUGCGCAUACUGCGUCUCCGUGGCAACCAGUUGACGCUGAUCCCUCCUGGGGUCUUCACACGCCUGGACAACCUCACCUUGCUGGACCUGAGUGAGAACAAGUUGGUCAUUUUGUUAGAUUACACCUUCCAGGACCUGCAUAGUCUGCUCAGGCUGGAAGUCGGUGACAAUGACUUGGUAUUCAUCUCACGAAGGGCCUUUGCAGGGCUGCUGGCCUUGCAGGAGCUCACCUUGGAGCGGUGCAACCUCACCUCACUAUCUGGAGAAUCCCUCGGUCACCUGCGGGGCCUGGGCGCCCUGCGUCUGCGCCACCUGGCCAUUGCAGCCCUGGAGGAUCAGAACUUCCAGAAGCUUCCAGGCUUGUCUCACUUGGAGAUCGACAACUGGCCGCUGCUGGAGGAGGUGGCCGCGGGCAGUCUGCGCGGUCUCAACCUGACCUCACUGUCUGUCACCCACACCAACAUCACGGCCGUGCCUGUGGCCGCACUGCGACAGCAGGUCCAUCUGACAUGUCUCAACCUGUCACACAAUCCCAUCAGCACAGUGCCACGAGGGUCCUUCAGGGACCUUGUCCGUCUCCGAGAGCUCCACCUAGCUGGAGCCUUGCUGGCUGUGGUGGAACCGCAGGCAUUUCUAGGCCUGAGGCAGAUCCGUUUGCUCAACCUGUCAGACAACCUCCUAUCCACACUGGAGGAGAGCACGUUCCAUUCCGUGAACACGCUGGAGACCCUCCGCGUGGACGGCAACCCACUGGCUUGCGACUGUCGCCUCCUGUGGAUCGUGCAGAGGCGGAAGACCCUCAACUUUGACGGGCGACUCCCAGCCUGUGCCACCCCAGCCGAGGUGCGAGGUGACGCCUUGCACAAUCUUCCGGACUCAGUGCUCUUUGAGUAUUUUGUCUGUCGCAAGCCCAAGAUCCGAGAGCGGAAGCUACAGCAUGUGGCCGCCACUGCAGGCGACGAUGUGCGUUUCUUGUGCCGGGCCGAGGGCGAGCCAGCACCCACUGUGGCCUGGGUGACACCCCAGCAUCAGAUGGUGACAGCCACCAGCGAGGGCCGGGCACGUGUGUUACCCGGGGGUACACUCAAGAUCAUGGACACACGGCCCCAGGACAGUGGCACCUACACAUGCGUGGCCAGCAAUGCCGGGGGAAAUGAUACCUACUUCGCCACACUGACUGUGCAGCCGGCUGCCAACCGGACCCUGGGUGAAGGCUACAACGAGACUCAGGUGGGUGUCCGAUUCCCUCUGGACCUCACAACCAUCCUGGUGUCCACAGCCAUGGGCUGCAUCACCUUCCUAGGUGUGGUCCUCUUCUGCUUUCUGCUCUUAUUCGUGUGGAGCCGUGGCCGCGGCCAGCACAAGAACAACUUCUCUGUGGAAUAUUCCUUCCGCAAGGUGGACGGGCCAGCAGCCGCAGCCGGCCAGGGCGGCGCUCGCAAGUUCAACAUGAAGAUGAUCUGAGCUGGCCUCUGGGGAGCUUGGAGGGGACCUCCUGGGCCUCUGUCCACAUUGGGAGCUUAGAGGGGACCUCCUGGGCUUCCAUCCACAUUUUGGGAGCUUGGAGGGGUCCUCCUGGGCCUCCAUCCACAUGGGGUUGAUUUCCACCUAUGCAUUUUUUUUCCUCCCAAGGGAAAGCGGUGGCUGAAAGUCAGCUAAUCAGCAGAACUUUCCCAUUUUGUAAACACCCACUCACAGGACUAUUUUAUGAUCAGAUACCAUCUUUUGCAAUUUCUGAAGCAUUUUCUAAGGUUUCAA